AUGGAAACCGUAGAGGACAAUAACGAUGUUGAAAGUAAGAUAAUUUUCGUCGAAAAUGAUAAAAGAAUUUCAACAAACGGACAACAAAAACAACAGUUGCCUUCAGUGACAUUUGCGGAUGACACCAACGAUUCAAAUGUCAGUCUUCAGAAACCAGGUGGCGGCCGCAAGCGUAAGAACUUCAAGAGAUCCCAACAUCACUGCGUCCCUAGGGAACGUCGAAGAAGUUUGCCAGGACUGCGAACGAGAAGGCGACAGGAAAAUCUUCAGUUUCUUCUCUCUCAAAUCGACGGAAUUGAUUUUGAUGAAUCUGAUAGUGUUGAUUUAUGUGAUCUUAUCGAUAUACAACCCUCUGCUUUUACUGAACUCUUUCAAGAAGAAGAAAAAAUGGCCGUCUGGAAUAAUUUCGUAAAUUGGACAGAGGAUGAACAGUUGGAGUUCCUCAAAGUGCCUGCGUUCGAGAAAAAGGACAAAAAUAAUUUAGGCGGCGAAGUUACAGACGACGGCUUCGUUAAUCUUGGUACCAGUGCGGAAAAGGCUUUUGCCAGAAUCAGCCAGAAACUUAGACACUUUCUCAACAGGAAGCAGAUACCAAAAGGUGAGUUAGAGAAGAUUGAAGUUGAUCUGAUUGAUUAUUUUCACGAGUGGCCGAAUUCCGUUUACGUGACUUGUCUGCCUGAUGGGUUCAAGAGGAUGUUGCUUCAUGCAGUCAGUCAAUAUUUGGACUUGGAAGCCAAAAGUUUUGACAACCUUGGAAAUAGGAAAACUCAGGUUGAGGCAAAGAACAGUGUAUUUAUACCUCCUGAAACGACCCUUGCUAUCAUUGAAAUUAAUCCUUGUAUAUGGUUUUAUUACCUUUCAUUCUAUUACGUAUUCAUAGCAGCAGUGUGUACGCACAAUACAAAAAGUGGCGUAGGAUUUAGUUUGGUAAAAAAUUUGCUGGCAAAUACUGACUUCCGCGUUUGUUUGAUCUGUCGAAACAAGAAGAAAGCAUUCGCGGCUCAGAGGGAGCUACUGAAAACAUUCCCCAGCCGAUCCGUCGAACUAUUUUUUGCUGACAUGUCCAACCCUCAAUCUGUUAUUCGUGCUGCUCAAGAAGUAAAAUUAAAACACAGCCAUAUAGAUUACCUAUUUUUCAAUGCUGGUGUGAUGCCAAACACGUUUGUUGACUGGAAUUAUUUUGUGAGGAAUGUUUUUUCAAGAAAUUGCUUUGAAAUGAUUAGAACUGGACACAAUCUGAUUAAGCAAUAUGACGUUGAAAAUGAUGAAACUGGCCUUUGUAACAUAUUCUCCACCAAUGUGUUUGGACAUAUUUUAUUGUUCAAAGAAUUGCUUAGCGUAUUGGGACGCCACAAAGAACAAGAUGAUAAUAAUAAUAAUAAUAAUAGAAAUAAUAAUAAUAAUAAAACGACUCAUGUUAUAUGGACAUCUUCAAGCAAUGCUAAGAGAUCUGCCUUCAAUCUUGAUAACAUUCAACACAAAAAUGGUGAUGAACCUUAUAGUUCUUCAAAGUAUACGAUGGAUCUUCUGAGUUACCAGAUGAAUAAGAAUUACAAUAAAUCCGGCAUCUACUCUCACACUACCUGCCCAGGUUUGGUGAUAACGAACCUCUUGUACGGCAUCAUUGGCUCCUGGUUCUGGUUCAUAUUAUUGCCAAUUCUAUCUCUAUUUAGGAUUUUUGUCUCGAGUCUUACACUGAAGCCCGAUAUUGCUUGCUAUUCAUUGUUUUGGCUUACAAAACAAGAACCACGAUGUUUGGACCCCAUGAGUAAGUAUUACAGUAGGUGCAGUAUCUCUGGCAGGCCGUACGUUGAAGUUAUUAAGAUGGAUAUAGAUGAGAACCUUGCAUACGAGGCCACCGUUAGAAUCAAAAAGAUGAUGGAACAGUACAAAAUUCUCGGCAGAGUCGCGGAUGAGAGUAAUAAUAAUUAGAAUAACAAUAAAAAUAAUAAAAACAACUGAAAAAUAACAAUAAUAAUAAUAACACUGGGUAAUGGUUAGAGGCGCCCGGUUCUGCUGUUGUGGUGACUGGUUUCGAAUGCGUAUGAUGCGUGGACUUUGUCGUUGACACCUCUGAACCGAGUGCACAGAAGAAAGUAACCUUUAACCUUUCAACUAAAAAAAUAUGUGGGAAACUUUUAGUAUAUAUAUAUAUAUAUACAUAUAGUUACGUUUAUAACCCUGUAUUGUAUUCAUUAAAAAAUAAUUUAUAACAGUACUUCACGUAUAUUGUUAAAGUACUAACCGUCAUCUUCAUGCUGUGACCUUUAAAUAUAUAUUUUCAUUUAAUGUGUACUCACAUACUAAUGCAACAUAUCUAUACUUUUAACACUUGUUUGCUGUAACAUUUUAACAUUCAAUUGUGAUAUACAUUCGUUCAACUAUGCUAUAGAUAUUUCAGUAACCAUUUACACUGCUGUCGUAAACAUUGCGCUUUCGACUAUUUUAAUAUAUUAAGAAUAAUUAAAUUA